AUGGACGUGGAGGGCGACUGCUUAAAAGUUACGUCGCCGUCCGAGUGCGAGGGGGCGUGUCGCGUGCUGGCGCCAGCUGCGAGCAGCGCCUCGUUGGUGCGCCUUGAAACCGAGAGCAGCUCGGCCGUCGCGCUCUAA